CCCCUCCACCCGCCUCUCCCAGAAGCUCACAAACGACGACAAGCCCUGGGUGCACGCCAAACACGGACUCGAUCGCGCGAGCUGGUGGCUCACCUUCGCCGGGCUCGUCCUCGGCUUCAUCGGCGCAGCAGUCCUCUGCUUCACCGGCUACGAGGACGUCGAUGUCCUCAAAGACAGCCAGCUCUGCCUCGUCCUCGACGACGAGUUCGACACCCUCGACCUCCAGAACACCUGGACUCGCGACGUCGAACUCGGCGGCUUCGGAAACGGCGAAUUCGAGAUGACAACAGACUUGUCCGCCAAUUCCUACAUCCAAAACGGCCAGCUCUACAUCCUCCCUACCCUCACCUCCGCCUCCAUUUCGGGCGGGUACAGCUCCGUGCUCGAUGGCGGGUCCUAUACACUUGACGGGUGCACGGCUGGCGCAGGUACCCCAGCCACGAACCAAGACCUCCGAACCCGCCAACAAGAUGCUGGCGGGGGCGACAACGGCGGCACCACCACCAACACCACCACCACCGGCACCGGCACCAACUCCACCACCACCCCCUCCGGCUCGUCCAAUUCCACCACCACCACCGGCGGCACCAACUCCACCACCUCCUCCAACAGCACCUCCAGCUCCGGCGGCGGCACGGGCGGAGGGGGAGGGAACCCCUGCACAGCCGUCUCCUCCGCCGCGGCGGGCACGGUCAUCAACCCCGUCAUGUCCGCGCGCCUGAACACGAAGGGCAAGAAGAGCAUCGGCUACGGGCGCGUCGAGGUGCGCGCGAAGCUCCCCAGCGGGGACUGGCUCUGGCCCGCGAUCUGGAUGCUCCCCGAGGGGAACUCGUCUUCCUCCGCGGCGUCGAAUGGGAGCGGGACGGGGGUCGCGGGCGCGGGCGUGUAUGGCACGUGGCCUGUGAGCGGCGAGAUCGACAUAAUGGAAGCCCGCGGCAACGGCCCCACCUACCCCGCCCAGGGCUCGAACUACGUCCGCUCCUCGCUCAACUACGGCCCGUUCGCCGCGGGGACCGCGUCCGUCACCACCAGCGCCGCGACGCUGGUGAAGAACAUCUACGGCUGGGUGAGCACGAAGCGCGGGAACUACGCGGACGACUUCCAUGUGUACGCGAUGGAGUGGACGGGCGAGUGGAUGCGGUUUUAUACGGAUAGUCGGCUGCAGGCAAUGAUCAACCUCAAAAUGACGUCCUCCGCGCCCGACUCGUACUUCUUCAAGGCCGGCGGGUUCCCCGCGACGGCGAUGAACGUCUCCUCCGGCGAGGAGGUCGUCGUGCAGGACCCGUGGGCGGGGGGGAGCAACGCUGCGCCGUUUGAUCAGCAAUUCUACAUGGUCAUCGACCUCGCCGUAGGCGGCACGAGCGGGUGGUUCCCCGACGGGCUCGGCGGGAAGAUGUGGUAUGAUGGGUCGCCGACCGCGAUGCAAGCCUUCGCCAAGGCCCAGGACACGUGGAGCGCGACGUGGCCGCAGAGCGCGGACGACCUGGCGUUCAGGAUUGACUACGUCAAGAUGUGGCAGCUCUGCGGAUGAUCCUUGGCCACUACUUCCACCUGAACGCGCCCGCCAUGCCCUCAAAUUCCCCCCGCACCUGCUUUCGCUCUUGCUCUCACCCACAACGCUCCUCCUCGUUUCUUGGCCGGGCCCAUUCAAGCCCGAGAUAACCAUACCAAAUCAAAUCAAAUCACAAAUCGUAAAUACUGGCCCCAAGACCGGCCACCGUGGACUCCCUUCUCCUUCUCCCGCCUGUCUUCUUGCAACGUACCACUUACAUACGUACAUACACGACACACGCAACUUCACGAUACACGAUACGAUAGAGAGCGGACUAGACUGCCUUACACCCAUACGUGCGCUGGACAUUUACAUUCACUUGCAAACCGAUAUUAGUAGUAGACGACCUUCGCGUGCCGUCCAAUCGUCGUCGGAUAUCGAUAAGUAUGCAUAUUAUGAACGGACUCUAGGUCGGUACUCGGUGCCCAAAAGAUUAUUC